UAUUUUAUAUUUUUAUAUUUUUAGAUAAAAUAUAAUGAAACAUUUCAUAUUCAUAAGUCACGUUUAAUUCACGUUUCAUAUUAAGUCACGUUUAAUUCACGUUUCAGUUUAAUAUUUUUUGAUUUUUUACUGAAGAAUGUAUCGAUAUGCAGGGUUAUUCUAUUGACCCCGAACAUAAUGAGAUGAAGAUAAAAGAAGAUUAUCCUAUUUUGAAAUCUUUUCUCGCGGGAUCAUUAUCUGGAACAUUUUCAACUAUUUUAUUUCAACCAUUAGAUCUUAUUAAAACCAGACUUCAAAGCAAAGUAAAUCUUCAUCUUGAUACUCCAAAAACUAAUACUUUAGGUACAGUAAUUCAUAUCAUUAAAAAUGAAAAUAUACUUGGACUUUGGAAAGGUAUAACUCCGUCCAUUACAAGAGUUGUACCUGGUGUUGGAUUAUAUUUUUCAUCAUUACAUUGGUUAAAGCAUACAUUGCAUGUAAAAGAUCCACUCACACCUACAGAAGCACUGUUAUUAGGCAUUACUGCAAGAUCUAUGUCUGGAGCUUUAUUAAUUCCAAUAACAGUAGUAAAAACACGUUUUGAAAGUGAAAUUUAUAAAUAUAACAGUGUAGGAGAAGCAUUGAAAAUAAUUUACAAGCAGGAAGGAAUAAGAGGUCUUUCGAGUGGAUUAGUACCAACAUUACUAAGAGAUGCUCCUUACAGCGGCCUUUAUCUCACGUUUUAUACACAAUUAAAAAAUAUUGUUAUAGAAGCAGAUUUGCCCUAUGUCAAAUCAUCUGCUCCAAUUCAUUUCAGUUGUGGAAUAUUAGCAGGAAUAUUUGCUUCUACUGUAACACAACCUGCUGAUGUAAUCAAGACAAAAAUGCAAUUAUAUCCUAAUGAAUUUAAAAAUGUUCGUAACGCAGUUUUUAGGAUUUACAAGAAAUAUGGUAUGUUAGGAUACUUUAAAGGCAUUGUUCCACGAAUAUUGAGAAGGACAUUAAUGACUGCAAUGGCUUGGACCGUAUAUGAAGAGGUUACAAAAUUUAUGGGACUUAAGUAAAAUUUUUUCUAUUUAAUGAUAUAACUCUUUGAUUCGUUGACAUAAAAUUUAAAAAAAUGAAAUAAUUUACGCAUGAUAAAAUCAGUCAUUCAGCCAAUACGAAUAUUUACACUUGAUAUACAGUAUUUUAGUUUUAUACAAAGAUAAUUUGAUUAUAGCAAAUCAUUGUAUCAUAGCAAAUAUUACUACUAUGUACAGUAUUCAGAUAGAAUAUCCUAUCGCUCAAUAGUAUAUUGUUCAUGUAUAUAUUUAUUUAAUAAAUUUUAUAAUUUAAUGUUAAAAAUUGUACAGUA